AGGGAAAUUAAGAGACACCAUUCUGGACUGGGAAGAUUCCCUGCCCGACCGCGACCUCACGCUGGCGGACGAAGCCUGCAGGAAAGCUGAUCUCUCUGUCACUCUGGGGACCUCUCUGCAGAUCAAACCCAGCGGCAACCUCCCGCUGAUCACGAAGAAGAGAGGAGGGAAGCUGGUCAUAGUCAACCUGCAAGCGACCAAGCACGACAGACAGGCCGACCUGCGCAUCCACGCCUACGUCGAUGACGUCAUGACGAAGCUGAUGAAGCACUUGGGGCUGGAGGUGCCGGAGUGGACGGGGCCGUGCCGUCACGGCCUGAAGCAGGAGUGUCCCAGCCCGGACACGGGGCCAGCGACGGUGAAGAAGAUGAAGGUGGAGCCUCUCCCCACCUGA